AAAUUUGGCGAAAGCAUCGCUCUCCGGCAGUCCCUUUCUGGAAGUGAUUUUGGUAGUUAUAGUAACAAUUACAUUAAAUCAACAUAAAGAUGCGAUCGUUACCCAUGUUCCUGCGGAUGGCCGAGGAGUUGUCUCGUAUGCCGCGUCUCUCGUCGCCUAUUCAGGCAUUCUUCCAUGAGCCACCUAUGUGGAGUGUCGGCAUUCCACGUUGGCAACAGAUUUCUCGCUGGCAGGAGCAGGAGUUCGCUCCUCCUUCAAAAAUAACCAAGGAAGGCUACCAGGUGACACUCGAUGUGAAGGACUACAAUGAACUGAAUGUGAAGGUAGUGGAUGAUAGUGUUGUCCUUGUUGAAGGCAAAACAGAGCAAAAAAUGAAUGAUGACUGUGGCUACAGUUCCCGUCACUUUUUGCGAAGAUUUGUUUUACCUGAAGGAUAUGAUGCGGAUCAAGUAACCUCCUCUUUGAGUAGCGAUGGAGUGCUGACCAUUAAUGUGCCCAAUCCACCGUCGGUUCAAGAAGCAAUCAAGGAGCGCAUAGUACCUAUUCAAAAUACUGGAGAACCAGCCAUCAAAGCCAAAAAGCAAAAGCCUGUGGAAGAGGAAGGUGUGGAAAAGAAUGCAUAAUCAAGCCGACUGAGAAAUUAAAUAAGCCCUUUAGUUUAUAGACAAAAUCUUGUGAAACAAAAUAAAAGAACAUUGCGAAAAA